GUAGCUGCAGUAGCGUUUCUACUCCGCAGCCUGGGUUUGUUGCCAUGGCUGCAUACUCCAGUGAGCAUUCAUGGCUCCGAGAUUUCGUUCCAAAGUUGAACGAGGGACUCCGUGGAAAACUGGUGGCUCACCGUGGUUUUCAUGACCCUUUACUCUCUGACCUCCGGCCAUUGGAAUGCACCCUUCCUGCUUUACAGAUGGCUUGGGAGUCGGGCGUGCUGAAUUGCGAAUGUGAUGUGCGUCUCAGCUCCGAUGAACAGAUCAUUCUGCUACAUGAUCCCAACCUGGAUCGGCUGGUAGAGGAAUCGGCCCGACCCACCCCAAAUGCCAAUACCAUCAUGGCUGAAGAGUUGCUUCGGUGGCCAUUAAAGCAGCCAGAGAUUCAUAUUCCACUCUUGCAGGAUGCCUUGCAGUCAGCUCUCCGGAGCGGCAACCGCCUUGUGAUUGAGCUGAAGGGAAGCCCUGGUUCUCCCAGUGUGGGUGCUGCGGUGGCACAGCUCUUUGCCAAAGAUCCAACGCUUUUGGAGGCCUGUGCCCUGGUGAUGUCUUUCGAGAUCCCGGAGCUUCUGGCCUUCGCCGCGGCGGUUGUUUUACAGCGACCAAAGCUUCUGCUGUUAACCGCCGUUUCGCGGGAGGGCCUCGAGGAGAAAUAUCAAACUUUGGACCUGGACAGUCCUGCAUGGGAGGAGCAGGCCUUGCAGUAUCUGGCUCGGAAGGACUUGUCCCUGGACGGCUUCUACAUUGAGUGGACGGAGCGAUUGUCUAAUGCUGAUGCUUCCGCUUUUGAAAAGCUUUGUGGCAUGUGCACUGUGGGUGUGUGGCAACACUUUGGCCAAACGGACUCUGAAGAGGAGGCAUCCCGUUUGCUGGAUCUGGGAGCCAGCUUCUGCAACACUGAUUGGCCCACGAGCUUCAUUCCAGCAUGAAAUGAACACUGUACUCAACUCUGAGGAUCCUGGAACUUCAAUAUCGACCUGCGCUGGAAGAACAUUGUUGUGCCGGCAAAA